CUUUCUUGUUGCCAUGGAAGAGCACCAAGAGAAAACCAUCGUCACCAAUUUCGUGAAAUCUAAAUUUUUCUUUCCCAAAGUUAUUCGCAUUUCAGCAACGGAUCAGAACGCCACAGACUCCUCUAGCGAAGAAGACGAUGAAGAAAGGAACCUUCACAGAGUUAAGAAGGUGGUUAGUGAGAUAAGAAUUGUUCAUGCAAACAAAACCAAAGGACACAACAAAAACAUCAACAAUAAUACUGAUUGUUGUUGUUGUUCGGCCAAAUACAACAAAACUAUGGAACAACACUACCAACAAGAAAAAUCAGAGCCCAAGUUUCGCGGCGUGCGGCAACGGCCAUGGGGACGGUGGGCCGCCGAGAUAAGAGACCCUUUCCAGCGGAAGCGAGUGUGGCUUGGAACCUUCGACACGGCGGAAGAAGCUGCUAUGGUUUACGACAGAGCUGCUAUAAGCUUCAGAGGUGUUGAUGCUGUCACGAAUCUCAUCAAACCGCCUCUGAAAGAGUGUGAAAGUGUUGUUAAACCGAAGAGUUGUUGUGCAUGCGCUUCACCAACUUCUGUUCUGUUGUUUCAGCCUUGGAUGGAACCUUUGUCUUUGGAAGAAACCUUCAAAGAAGAAAUGUUUGAUGGGUUAAACUAUGAAGUUGAUAGUUUAUUGUUUUCUGAUCAUGCUCUUUAUGAGCAACCUCUUCCUACUAUGUUGUCUAACGUUGAUGUUUCUUUGGAUGAGGAUCUUGAAUCAUGUAAAUGGGAUGUAGAUAGUUUUUUCAGUGAUGAAACUUUUGAAUAAUGAGAUGUGGAUUAAUGCUAACUGGGUUAUAUUCCUUUUUCUUUUUU